CCUAAAUUAUGUAGCCUCUCGCUCUAAAAAAAAGGUGUCACCUUUCUUGUUCAUCAUCGCCACUCACCAAUCGAACUGCAACAAACCACUUCCACUCAUCCAUGGCGGACUGUGGAGUGAGGAGGAUGAAACUGGGAAGCCAAGGCUUUGAAGUAUCGGCGCAGGGUCUUGGUUGCAUGAGCCUCUCCGCCUUCUUCAGUGUUCCGGAGCCGAAAACUGAUCCCAUCGUUCUUCUCCACCACGCAAUCGAAUCCGGCGUCACUUUCCUUGAUACCUCCGACAGCUACGGUCCUGAGACCAACGAGUUGCCUCUCAGCAAGGCCCUGAAGAACGGGAUGAGGGAGAAAGUGGAGCUUGCGACCAAAUUCGGAAUCAUUUAUGGUGCAGAAGGAAAGAGAGAGAUCAAGGGAGAUCCUGCGUAUGUUAGAGCUGCUUGUGAGGCUAGUUUAAAGCGUCUAGAUGUUGCCUGUAUUGAUCUCUAUUAUCAGCAUCGUAUAGAUACUCGUGUUCCUAUCGAAAUCACUAUGGGAGAGCUGAAGAAGCUGGUUGAAGAAAGAAAAAUAAAGUACAUCGGUUUAUCUGAAGCCUCUGCCUCAACUAUCAGAAGAGCCCAUGCGGUUCACCCAGUAACUGCUGUGCAGCUAGAGUGGUCCUUGUGGACGAGAGACGUGGAAGAAGAAAUCAUCCCGACCUGCAGGGAACUUGGGAUUGGGAUUGUUGCCUAUAGUCCUCUAGGAAGAGGUUUCUUCGCAUCUGGACCCAAGCUUCUUGAAAAUCUAGACAAUAAUGACUACAGAAAGACUUUACCAAGAUUCCAACAGGAAAACUUAGUCCACAACAAGAUUCUUUACGAGAAGGUUUGUGCGAUGUUGGAGAAGAAAGGAUGCACUCCUGCACAACUAUCCCUCACAUGGGUUCACCACCAGGGAGAUGAUGUUUGCCCCAUCCCUGGAACCACCAAGAUCGAAAACCUCAAUCAGAACAUUGGAGCUUAAUCAGUGAAACUCACUCCAGAAGAGAUGGCUGAGCUCGACGUCAUUGGCCAAUCAGAGUCUGUGAGAGGAGAAAGAUGCAUGGCCAAUGUGCCCACCUUCAGGAACUCUGACACUCCACCGUUGUCUUCCUGGAAAGCCGCUUAAAACCAGUUGAGAGUUUUACUUACAUGGCAAUGAAGUGGUGUAGCUUAUAUGUCCGCCAGCCCAAUACGAG